AUGGCGGCGCUGGGCGGGGACGGGCUGCGCCUGCUGUCGGUGUCGCGGCCGGAGCGACAGCCCGAGGCGGCGGCGCUGGGCGGCGCGGGCCCCGGGCUGUGCUGCUGGGUGUCGGUGUUCUCCUGCCUCAGCCUCGCCUGCUCCUACGUGGGCAGCCUGUACGUCUGGAAGAGCGAGCUGCCCAGGGACCACCCCGCCGUCAUCAAGCGGCGCUUCACCAGCGUCCUGGUGGUGUCCAGCCUGUCUCCGCUCUGCGUGCUGCUCUGGCGGGAGCUCACGGGCAUCCAGCCAGGCACAUCCCUGCUCACCCUGAUGGGCGUGAGGCUGGAGGGCAUUUUCCCAGCGGCUCUGCUGCCCCUGCUGCUGACCAUGAUCCUUUUCCUGGGCCCACUGAUGCAGUUGUCCAUGGACUGCCCCUGUGACCUCACAGACGGGCUGAAGGUCGUCCUGGCUCCCCGCUCCUGGGCCCGCUGCCUCACAGACAUGCGCUGGCUGCGGAACCAGGUGAUCGCCCCGCUGACGGAGGAGCUGGUGUUCCGGGCGUGCAUGCUGCCCAUGCUGGCGCCCUGCACCGGCCUGGGCCCCGCCGUGUUCACCUGCCCGCUCUUCUUUGGAGUUGCCCACUUCCACCACAUCAUCGAGCAGCUGCGCUUCCGCCAGAGCAGCGUGGGGAGCAUCUUCCUGUCUGCAGCGUUCCAGUUCUCCUACACGGCCGUCUUUGGUGCCUACACCGCCUUCCUCUUCAUCCGUACAGGACACCUGAUCGGGCCGGUUCUCUGCCACUCUUUCUGCAAUUACAUGGGCUUCCCCGCCGUGUGCGCAGCCCUGGAGCACCCGCAGAGGCGGCCCCUGCUGGCCGGCUACGCCCUGGGUGUGGGCCUCUUCCUGCUACUGCUGCAGCCCCUCACGGACCCCAAGCUCUACGGCAGCCUCCCCCUCUGUGUGCUCCUGCAGCGCGCCGGGAACUCAGAGAUCCCCCUGUGCUCCUGACCCCGCUCCCACGCACACUCCUACGAACUCUACGGGCUCCCGGCCCCUCCCCGUCAAGGGGCACUGCAGGGGAGGGGCUGGCUGGGGUCCC